CCGCCGCGUUCUGCCCUGCGGCCUAAUAAAAUGGCUAAUGAGGUGAAUGGUAAUGCCCGACAGUUAAAAGAAGAGGAAGAGCCCAUGGAUACUUCCACUGUAUUUCACCCAGAGCACUCCGAGACACUGAUAGAGGCAGGCCUCCCCCAGAAGGUGGCAGAGAGACUUGAUGAAAUAUUUCAGACAGGCUUGGUGGCUUAUGUCGACCUUGACGAGAGAGCAAUCGAUGCUCUUCGAGAAUUUAAUGAAGAAGGGGCCCUCUCUGUGCUGCAGCAGUUCAAGGAGAGCGACUUGUCGCAUGUGCAGAACAAGAGUGCGUUUUUAUGCGGAGUCAUGAAGACCUACAGGCAGAGGGAGAAACAGGGGAGCAAGGUGCAAGACUCAACCAAGGGGCCAGAUGAGGCCAAGAUCAAGGCGCUGCUGGAGCGGACCGGCUACACUUUGGACGUGACCACCGGGCAGAGGAAAUAUGGGGGCCCUCCGCCGGACACGGUCUACUCUGGCCUGCAGCCCGGCAUCGGCACCGAGGUAUUUGUGGGGAAGAUCCCGCGGGACCUGUACGAGGAUGAGCUGGUGCCCCUCUUCGACAAGGCCGGCCCCAUCUGGGACCUCCGCCUCAUGAUGGAUCCUCUGUCGGGCCAGAACCGGGGCUACGCUUUCAUCACCUUCUGCGGGAAGGACGCCGCUCAGGAGGCCGUCAAACUGUGCGACAACUAUGAAAUCCGUCCCGGGAAGCACCUGGGCGUGUGCAUCUCCGUGGCCAACAAUAGGCUGUUUGUCGGCUCCAUCCCAAAGAACAAGACUAAGGAGAACAUCCUGGAGGAGUUCAGCAAAGUCACAGGUUUAACAGAGGGUUUGGUGGACGUUAUUCUCUACCAUCAACCUGACGAUAAAAAGAAGAACCGGGGCUUCUGCUUCCUGGAAUACGAAGACCACAAGUCAGCAGCGCAGGCCCGCCGCCGCCUGAUGAGUGGCAAAGUCAAAGUCUGGGGCAAUGUGGUUACGGUUGAGUGGGCAGAUCCCGUGGAAGAGCCGGACCCUGAAGUCAUGGCGAAGGUGAAGGUCUUGUUUGUGAGGAACCUGGCGACCACGGUGACCGAGGAAAUCCUGGAGAAGUCAUUCUCCGAGUUCGGGAAGCUGGAGAGGGUGAAGAAGCUGAAGGACUACGCUUUCGUUCACUUCGAGGACAGAGGGGCAGCAGUGAAGGCCAUGGACGAGAUGAACGGGAAGGAGUUAGAAGGGGAGGAGAUCGAAAUUGUCCUAGCAAAGCCACCGGACAAGAAAAGGAAAGAGCGCCAGGCGGCCAGACAAGCCUCCAGAAGCACCGCCUACGACGAUUAUUACUACUACCCUCCACCCCGGAUGCCCCCUCCCCUGAGGGGCCGAGGCCGUGGAGGGAGGGGCAGCUACGGCUACCCCCCGGAUUACUACGGCUACGAAGACUAUUACGACGACUACUACGGCUACGACUACCACAACUACCGAGGCGGCUACGAGGACCCCUACUACGGCUACGAGGACACCUACACCGUCAGGGGAAGAGGAGGAGGAAGGGGCGGGCGCGGGGCCCCGCCCCCACCCCGAGGGCGGGGCCCCGCGCCCCCCCCGAGAGGUAGAGCCGGCUAUUCCCAGAGAGGGGCGCCCCUGGGACCCCCCCGCGGAGCGAGGGGCGGGCGAGGGGGGCCCGCCCAGCAGCAGCGAGGAGGACGCGGGGCCCGCGGGGCCCGGGGCAGCCGGGGGGGCAACGUGGGCGGCAAGAGGAAGGCCGACGGGUACAGCCAGCCCGACUCCAAGCGCCGCCAGACCAACAGCCAGCCCAACUGGGGCUCCCAGCCCAUCGCCCAGCAGCCUCUGCAGCAAGGCGGUGACUAUUCCGGUAACUAUGGUUACAAUAAUGACAACCAGGAGUUUUAUCAGGAUACUUACGGGCAGCAGUGGAAGUAGACGAGACAGACAGACGCACACAGGCAGACCAGAGAGGGCUGGCGGUGGCUAUUGGCGUGACGCGAUGGGCUCUUAAGCGCUACCUUCUUCACAAACAAAUCAAAAUGGCCUUCACCUGUCGCGCCCUUCGGUGGCUUAGCGUCGCCAUUUGUAUUGGGUUGAAGAAUCACUUCUGUGUAUAUACUCGUCUUUCCCCCCCCACCCCCACCCCCUUUUUGUUCUGUUUUGUUUAUUUGUUCCUCUUCCUCUCUCCCCACUCCGCCCCCGUCACCCUCUCCCCUCAUCCACGCUCUCGGACAUUACUAGGGCUUUGCAGACUCCUCUUCCCCGAGGGUUACAGUGCUGCUUUUAUCGUUUUACGCUUCAUUUUAGCAGUUUCAAAGCAGGCUGGGCACAUCGUUCAAUCAUGAUUCUGGCAGAACCUCUGGUUUGGGACAGUCUCUCUUUUUUUUUUUCUUCUUUUUUUAUUAAUUUUUUUUGGACUUGGGACUAGACUGCAUAGGAGAAUGAAGUAUAUGCUGUAAAUAAAAGUACAAGCUAGUGCUUUGUCUCAGUAGUUUUAAGAAACUAAAAACCAACAAAUUUAAGUUUUCUUGUAUUGGAAAUAACAUGAUUGUAUGUUUUGCAUUCCUAGAAGUAGGUUAACUGUGUUUUUAAAUUGUUAUAACUUCACACCUUUUUGAAACCUGCCCGACAGAAUUUGUUUGGCUUAAACGUCAAAGCCGUGGCAAUUUGUUCCUUGAUGUGAUUGUAUUUCCAAUUUCUUGUUCAUGUAAGAUUUCAAUAAAACUCAAAAAUCUAUUCAAAACA